AAUUGGAAACGGAGAAUCUGCAACUGACAAGGCAGUCAAAUACAAUUGUUUCAGUCGAAUGGCAAUUUAAUUGCUAAAAAUAUUUAGCAUUCAAUUUAAAUGAACAAGCAUUUAUUGGUCUUAUUUACCUGUGUUAUUUAUUCAAGUGCUUUAAAUAUUCCAAAGUUGAGUGUGUGUUGAUUCUGGCUUUUUUGUGUGCUUAUUGCCCAGGAUGGCUGGAAUCAGUGGAAGUUGCCAGCCGCGUCUGCAGCUAUAUAUAUUCUUGUGCCUGCUGGCGUCGGUGUUUGCUUCAUUACCGGAGGAACUGACAGGAGUUGCAGGACCUGAAUCGAGAAUGGAUGUUCUAGGACUCUCGCCGGGACAAAGAGUCCUGGCUGCAGUGCCUGCGUCAGGACGCACGAGUUUUUUGCUGUACCAAUUAGCUUUGGCCAUAAAUUCAGCCGCCGGCUUGGAAUCGCCGACGAUGCAGGAAGUGGAGGUGGUCGAUGUGGUGGAGACCCAGGAGCAGUUCCUGCCGGCGAGCCCUGAUCCAAACUGGCUGGCCGCCAUGGCGAAUGAGUUUCAGAGUGUGCCUGUGUACGAGACCUUUCCGGCGGACUUGCAGAACUGGCUGAUGGAUGGCUAUGGGAUCAGUGCCACGGAUUUCUACCACAGCUGGGGCAGAGCAGGAUUUGGCAGCAGGAGCAGCUCCCGCACCCAGCUGAUCUGUACGGCAGAUGGCCAGUGCUAUGAGGUCAACAAAAUCGUCACUGCCUGCUGUCCAUUCUGAGCAUCCAAUAAAGGCAUUGAAAACAAU